CUCUAGCUCCCAGCGCACAGUCAAGGAAUUUUAAAAACAGAGGACUUUGUAACCACGAAAUACCCUCCAAGAUUUAAAAGGCCACAGAGCUCCAGAUAAAUAAUCAUUUAUCUUUCUUCUGAAGCUACAAGUUGACACCUUGAACACCAACCCAUCCUUCUCCAUCAAAGCAGACUCGGGGUAGAGGAAGAGUGGAAAUGUGCUUCUGGACAAAGCCUUCUGUAUCCUGGGUGCCCUUGUUCCUUCUACUCAGCCUUGAUCCCUCUACUGAGACAGAAAAACCCUCUACUCCGGACAGCAGCAGUACUUGGAGUCCAGGGCAGCUGACAGAAGUUCUACGGGUUCUCUCUGCUGAUGACCCCCGUCCCCUGAACCACUCAAGAAGCCUCAUCAGAACAUUGCUGGAGAAAACUGGGUGCCCACGGAGGACAGACGGAAGGCAAGGAGACUGCAAUCUGUGCUUUGAACCGGAUGCCCUGUUACUAAUAGCUGGAGGAGAUUUCGAGGAUCAGCUGAGAGAGGAAGUGAUCCAGCGAGUUUCUCUUCUCCUCCUCUAUUACAUCAUUCAUCAGGAAGAGAUUUGUUCUUCUAAGCUCAACAUGAGUAAUAAGGAGUAUACAUUUUACCUGCACAGCCUUCUCAGCCUCAGGCAGGAUGAAGACUCCUAUUUCCUUUCACAGAAUGAGACAGAAGAUAUCCUGGCUUUCACCAGGCAGUACUUUGACACUUCCAGAAACCAGUGUAUGGAAACCAAAGUGCUGCAGAAAAAAUCUGGAAUCCUAAGCAGUGAUGGUGCCGAUGAAAACACUCUUCCUCAGUUGGCAGCGACAAUCAUUGCUUUGUCCCUCCAAGGUGUUUGUCUGGGACAAAGAAACUUGCCUCCCCCAGACUAUUUUACAGAAUACAUUUUCAGUGCCUUGAAUAGUACGAAUACUCUUCACCUAUCGGAACUAGACAAGCUCCUCAACACUCUCUGGACUAAAAGUACCUGUAUCAGAAAAGAUAAAAUCCAUCAGCUUAGAAGGAAACAAAACAGCCUAACAAUUCAUGAUGGAGACUACCCUAAUAUAUCUGUAUCCAUGGACCCAGAAUCAGAAGAUGGUCCAGUUUCCUGGGAUCAGACUUGCUUCUCUGCCGGGCAGCUGGUGAACAUAUUUCUACAGAACAAGAUUUCACCCAUUUCUAAGGAGGACUUUAAGCAAAUGAGUCCAGGAAUCAUUCAGCAAUUGCUCAGCUGUUCUUGCCAGCUGCCCCAGGACCAACAAGCAAAGAUGGCACCCACCACGCUGGAGAAAUAUGGCUACAGCACUGUGGCGGUGACGCUGCUUACGCUGGGCUCCAUGCUUGGGACAACACUGAUCCUUUUCCACAGCUGCGAGGAGAACUACAGGCUCAUUUUACAGCUGUUUGUGGGCCUGGCUGUUGGGACACUUUCUGGGGAUGCUCUGCUCCAUCUCAUCCCUCAGAUUCUUGGUUUACAUAUACAGGAAACCUCAGAGUUUGGACAUUUCUAUGAAAACAAAGGGCAUAUUUGGAAACUGUUGGGAUUAAUUGGAGGCAUCCAUGGAUUUUUCUUAAUAGAAAAAUGUUUUAUUCUUCUUGUAUCACCAAGUGCCAAGCAGGGCGUGUCAUUGGUUAACAGGCAUGGGGCACAUUCCCGCCAUCUUGCAUUCAACCCUGAAUUAAGUGACCAGUCAGGCAGAGGCAAAUUUGCUUCAACUAUCCAGUUGAAAGGCCCAGAAGAUGCACAAGCAGCUGAAAUCCCUAUACCUAGUCUGAACACUCCCAACAGAAAAUGCAAAACCAUUAGCUUGCUAGCAAUAAUGAUUCUGGUUGGGGACAGCCUGCAUAAUUUUGCAGAUGGCCUAGUAAUAGGAGCAGCCUUCUCAUCUUCAUCCGAGGCGGGAAUGACCACGACUAUUGCUAUCUUGUGUCAUGAAAUUCCCCAUGAAAUGGGAGACUUUGCUGUGCUCCUAAGCUCUGGACUUCCUGUUAAGAUUGCCAUCCUGAUGAAUUUUAUAAGUGCUUUAACUGCCUUCAUAGGACUGUAUAUUGGCCUCUCAGUAUCAACGGAUCCAUGUAUUCAAAACUGGAUCUUAACAGUUACGGCCGGGAUGUUCUUAUAUUUAUCCUUGGUGGAAAUGCUUCCUGAAAUGACUCAUGUUCAAACACAGCGACCCUGGUUGAUGUUUCUCCUGCAAAACUUUGGACUGACCCUAGGUUGGCUUUCUCUCUUCCUCUUGGCUAUAUAUGAACAAAAUAUAAAAAUAUAAGUUUAUAGUCUCAAAAUCCUUCAAAAAUCAAUUUUCUGGCCUCACUUCUUUUAUUAUAUUCUAUAAUGAUUUAUAAAUUAAAUAUUUUUAUCUUAGGUGAAAUGUGUCUUUAUUAACUUAUUAAUUUAAUAAUGUAAUUUUGUUUCUGUAGUGUAUAAAUUGAAUUUUCGUUUUAAGUUUCCAACACCAUGAUAGAACUCAUACCUUUUUAGUAACUGGUAAGCUGUAAAUUAAUUCUACUAAACUUUCAAAAAGAAUUGUUUCCCUAGUAAAGAUGUUUGUUUGUAGUAUUUGAAAUGGACAGAUGUCUGUUGGGGUACAAUGUGUUUCAACUUCUUUGAUAUCAAUAAUAUAUUUUUUGUGUAUGUGAAAUUACAAACCAUAAGCAAACUAAAUUCCAAACAAAUGUAAUAAAGUCCAGUUUU